AUGCCGUUAAUUGUCCGCGCUGUUGGCCCUUCUUAUGUUAGUCGGCGCAAAUUGGACCGAAGUAUUCGCGAUGAAUUAGAAGGAGUUUCAUUUAAUAGCUUAGUAGGUGUAUUACAACAACUAAGUAGUCUAGCACAUCAUACCGAAGAGCUUUUCUCCGAGUUAUCCAAAGAAGCGGAAACGAUCUUUGAACGAACGUCGACAUUGAAAGCGCGUGUGGAUAAGUUAACUGUGGUGGUCGAAUCGUUAGAUCCCAAUGAAGAGCAAGUUGCUUUAGCAAGUGCUAAUAUGAGAAAACCUUUCAAAAGUACGUAUACUUCGGAACAACAAGUCCUAUCACGUUCCAAUCUUCCUACUGCUUUACUUAAAAUCUACGAUGAUUCUAAAAGACCCCCAAAUUUGAGGUUAAUGAAUGCUUAUCGAGACGACAACAAAGAUGCCAUGAAAUUUUAUACCGAUCCGCAGUACUUUUUCGACCUUUGGGCUAAAUCUGUUGUAGAAGAAACUCAAAAACGACAGGUAUACAAACUUACAAUCAAGGAUAGCGUAGGAUAG